UCCACACCCAGAUCCUAGAAGUUGAUGGACAUAUAUAUACAGAGUAAUGUGAUCACCUCUGCCCUGCCACUCACAGGAUCCUGACUGCCAGCUCAGUGCCAACACACCAAUCAGCCAUAAUGUCUCAGUUUCCAGCACUCACCACCGAACAGAAGAAGGAACUCUCAGAGAAUGCUCAGCGUAUUGUUAAAGAUGGCAGGGGAAUACUGGCGGCAGAUGAAUCUGUGGGGACCAUGGGGAGUCGCCUGAAGCGUAUUAAUGUGGAGAACACAGAGGAAAACCGACGACUCUUCCGAAACCUUCUCUUCACAGCUGAUCCCAACCUCAACAAAAGCAUAGGAGGGGUCAUCCUUUUCCAUGAGACCUUAUACCAAAAGUCCAGUGAUGGCAUCCCUUUCUCCAAAAUCUUGAAGGAUCAGGGAAUCGUUGUAGGAAUCAAGGUAGACAAAGGCACUGCUCCCCUGGCAGGAACCGAUGGAGAAACCACCACACAAGGUCUGGAUGGACUGUCCGAGCGUUGCGCUCAGUACAAGAAGGACGGUGCUGACUUUGCCAAGUGGCGCUGUGUGCUGAAGAUCUCAGACCACGCACCCUCAAGCCUUGCAAUCUAUGAAAAUGCCAACGUGUUGGCACGGUACGCCAGCAUCUGCCAGCAGAACGGUCUUGUGCCAAUCGUGGAACCUGAAAUUCUGUCCGAUGGAUCACAUGAUCUCCAAAGAUGCCAGUAUGAAACAGAAAAGGUCCUGUCUGCAGUGUACCAUGCUCUCGUCCAGCAUCAUGUGUAUCUUGAAGGCACUCUAUUAAAGCCAAACAUGGUGACAGGAGGACAAUCAUGCUCUCAAAAAUUUACACCUGAGCAGGUCGCUAUGUCAACUGUUACUGCCCUCAGCCGAACGGUCCCUUCUGCAGUCCCAGGUAUCUGCUUCCUGUCUGGAGGUCAGAGUGAAGAAGAGGCAUCUCUUAACCUGAAUGCCAUGAACCGCUGCAAUCUCCUUCGUCCUUGGCGUCUGUCCUUCUCUUAUGGCCGUGCCCUUCAGGCCUCAGCACUCUCUGCCUGGGUCGGGAAAACAGAGAAUCAGAAAGCAUCACAGGAAGCUUUCGCUAAGAGAGCAAAGAUCAACGGUUUGGCAUCCCUUGGGAAGUAUGAACCAUCUGGAUCUUCAGACUCCGCCUCUUCCGAAUCCCUCUUCCAGCCCAGCUACACAUACUAAAUGCUGCUCUCCACUGCCCCCUUGUGUUACAUCUUUACAUUCCUUCUGUGGUUACUUGAAUGCCCCAUUCCUAAUACACUGAGCCUGUCAUAUCAUUUUCUCCCAGGGCAACAAUGCAGAAAGCAAUAUGCAAUAACCCAUACCAACCAAUCGGAUGACUACUUUCACUAGUGUGAUUGCAACAGACAAAAGAGUUUGCUGUGGGUUGUUGUACUUUGCAUGGCCUUAAUAAGUAAUUUUGCAGUAAAAGCACGGUUUUGGAAGAGACAACUGGAAUUUUAUUAUCUGUAAGGAACAUUGUCAUUUUCCCCACAUUAUAGCUUGACUAACUAUAACAGGACCAAAAUCCAUCACAUUCAUUGUGUUAAUGCCUCACCCAGAACUAAGAUACAUUUUAUGUACAGUAUGAGCCCAGAAGCUUUAGAAUUACACGUACCUAUACCUCACAGUUCUUCCAUUCCAGCAUGGCAGAAAUGUGGAUUUCUGACCUCUCCUUAUCUGUUCCUGAAAUAUCCUUUGAUUGGUUAGUUUAAAUCGGGUUAGAAAUAUCUGUUGUCAUUUAGAUGUUAGAGCUAACCGUUUUCACUGACUUGACUGUUAGUUAAAGCUGACCAUAGAUGGAUCGAAAUUCGGCUGGUUUAGGUUAGAGUUGCAGAAAUUAAGAAAAAUUUAAUGAGGAAGGUCCGACAGAAGCCAUGAAUAGAAUAGAGGUAUAUACAAAACACUGUAGGCCAAAGGGUAAAACAAGCAAUUGUAGGCAAAGUGGUAAUUCAGAAAAUAGUUUUGUUUUUUUCAAAUAAAAUACUAAAAAAGGUAGAAAAUGCACAAACUUGCAUCAAACUGAAUGAAUAAUUCAAUAUUUUACAAGUGACCAUCCUUAAAAAUGUAAAGCACCAUUGACUUGUCUAUUCCACAAAAGGUGCCAGAACAACCCCACAGAAUUAAAUAUUAGUCAACAAACUUGUCCGAAAAUUGCAUUUUAGUUCUGGGUGGAGCUUCCCUAUAAUUUGUGAAAUAUUUUUGCAAUGCUGCUAAAUGAUGUGUGACCAAAACACACCAGGAACACCAUUCCAAUAAAACCUUUUAAAAUAA